AUGAGUAACAGUAAAGCCAAGAAUUGUCGGAAGAUGAAGGCCAGCAAUGGUGUCAAAACUCCACUUCCGCCCAUUUCCAAGAGGUUUCUGAUGGACGCCAUGGAUGAGGCGAAAUUGCGACAAGAGCUGAUCCUAGAUGCAUUGGACAAAGAGAGAGGAAAGUACGAGAAUAUUUCGAAGGCACAAGACCAAGGAGCAGAAGAAAAUAGUCAAAUUCCAUCACAUACAGAAGAAAACCAAAAGAAUGAAAAUGCUGACAACAACCGAAGUCCUCAACAGAAGCUGGAUUCCAUUGAUGGACGACGGUUGGAAAUAUUGCAAAAGAUGGAUCAGCUGAAAAUUCUGAAGCAGAAACUAUCCCAACAAAAUGAUAACGCCUUGGCAAUGGAAACUUUGCAAUCGUUCAAGAAUGACUUUGUGACACUUGGAUUUGUGUCCAUCUUGGAACACAAUCCAGAUACCUGGAAGAUUCGACUGCAAAGAAAAGACUAUGGCCGACCAGAUGGUUUUGAUGGGCUUGUAUUCUACACUGCACGAGGUGUUCCCAUUUUAGUAGGACGCCCGAAAGCCCACAAGGACGAGACGCUUAGACGGAUUGCCCAGGGGGCUGACUUGUGGUUUCAAGUGGAAGACUAUCAGGGGUCCCGCGUCUUAUUGCGAAGCUCGCUGCAGCGUGGCUUGAAGGAUAGCAAAGAAUGCAAACAAAUGGCAGCCAAUCUCGCGGCACGAUUCAGCGACAGCUGCUACUACAGCUUUGACGACAACCACAAGAAGGCUCAACAUACUGACAGGAAAACAAAACAACGCAUUCCCAUUAUGUAUUGUGACAGCCGCAAAGUCGCCAAACGAGGGAGUGGGGUGGGUAAAAUGAAUCAUCGCAAAAAGCUAGGACGAAUGUAUGGUGAUCCCAACGCAGUGGAAGAUUUGACUAGAAAAGUGAUGAAACGUCAUGAUUUUGAAGUGUAUUGGUGCAGGAAGUCAUAG